AUGAGCAGCCUCAACAAGGGUUUCAUCGUCUGGAUUCUCAUUGUCAGUGUCAUUAUCAGUUGCUGUCACGCCAAAUCAAUCCCUGUCAAGCGUCGCAUGGUCCUUCGACUUCCAUUCGUGCACAAUCAGGAUAACAGUCAGAACUCCUUCCAACAACGAACCUUCCUCCGUAUGCUCAAUGGAAACUCUAAAAUCAAGAAGGCACUCAAUUCUGACGAAUUCUCAGGUGCCUCGUCUUCUGAUUCUAAUGGAAGCGAUCAGCAACAUCUGUACAUGUUCCGUCAACUCUAUUAA